CAACUACUAUCCUAUCCUCAACCCCCAGCCAUGGACGGCAUCCUCUCGACGUUCUUUGGCACGGUAGCCAUGGCCUUUGCCGUGGGCAGCGGCGACAACCUUGCCAUGGCCGUCCCCGUGACCGAGGAGCAUCCGUACUACUGGCCGCUGCACGAGGCCGUCCAAAACCUCCCCAAAUCGCAGCUCACCCCACAGAGCAUUAUGCGCUCGUUGAACAGCAUCCAAGGCUUGCCACAAGACCUAAAGUGGCCCGUCGCGGGCUUGCUCUCAUCCGUGCUGGCCUUCGUGGGCGACGGGCCCGGCGACGACGCCGACGGCACCUACCGCGCCUUUACGAACAUCCUCGCCGUCCACUCACACUUGCGCAAGCUGUACUCGCAGAACGGCGACGAGGGAUACCUCUAUCCCUUCCUAAACCCGCUCAUGAUCGCAGUGUGCCGCAGAGUCGUGCAGGUGGGUGACAUCGCGGCGUCGUACUCCACAGCGAGCAUGCGCGAGCAGUCAUCCCCGCGUAGCAUAAGAGACGGGGCACGACAGGCCCUCGAACGCUCUAUCCAGGUCGCGAGCGCGGCGCUGCAGGGCCCAGAGUGGAACCAGGCGUCAAGAGCCGACUACACUGUCGCGGACGCGCUCUGGCCCCUCGCCAACCUUCUGUGGCGGAUGUAUGCCGCAAGACGCUUGCAUACGCAGGCCGCCGAGCUUGCCAAGACAUUCAGCAACCUUGUGCCGUCCGAAGAGGAGCGUCUCAGAGCGCGCGGGCACGUUCUGAGCACCGGCACGCUCGCGGAGAGCUACUACUGGCGCGGACGGCUCGGUAUUGUGCUUCUCGACUUCCGGCUCGCACGGCGGUGGCUUGAGAAGGCAUGGGGCGUAGCCCCAGAUGACGGGUGGAAGCAGAGACAAUCAAUUCUCAUCAAGCUCAUCCCCGCGGCGCUGCUCACGGGCUCCCUUCCCGCCGCAGGGGUGUUGGAGGAGUACGACCUCCCAGUGUUCGCGCCGCUCAUCGAGGCGUUCCGAGACGGCAACGUGCCACGGUGGCGCGCGCUGCUCGAGGAGCACAGAGUAUGGCUGCGCGCGCAGCACAUCUGGCUCCUCCUCUUCGAACGGGGCGAGAUUAUCGUCUGGCGCAACCUCUUCCGCCAUGCAUUGACAGCGUACUAUCUCGCCGCGCCAGAAGCGCCGCGCAAGCUAUGCCCGACGUGGGUGUUCGUCGAGGCCGCACGGACCGCGUUCGCAGGCAGUGGCGAGCUCGAGGAGGACUUGGUGCUAGAAGACAUUAUCUGUGUCUUGUCGAGCUUGAUUGACCAGGGGUUGAUCAUGGGUAACAUCAGCUACUCGCAGCGGCAGUUGGUGAUGCGACCGCCGGAGAAGGGCGGUGGCUUCCCCCGAGUGAAAGAUGUAGCGCCACGGAGGGUACAGGCGAUUAGCUAGGUGAUGUCUUGGGUCUAGGGAUGCAUCCAGAGUCAUAGCAU